UUAACAAUUUUUAGAAAAUUGACAUUUACUAGACGCAAAUGACACAUUAUUUUGAUGUCUUUCAUUAAUAUCUAUUAAAAAUUUUCAAUAAAUUGCAAAAAUAUCAUAUUUCAACUUUCAUUCCAUCAAAACCUAAAUAAUUUACAAAUUUAUGGUGGUAAUAUGUGUGUAGUAUGAACGAACGACAUGCGCCAGUUAAGAAUCCAAAUAUCCGUGUGAAUAAUCACCCUGUAUGCCCAAGAAGUUAUAGUGUAAACGCAAAACCUAAUUCCGCCGUCAAAACACGCCAAAUUCACAAGUAUAAAUCAUUUAACAACGCAUCGUUCCAUAAAACUAAUGCGGAAACAACACAUAACUCUGUUGAAGUUCAUAACUUAUGGGAAGGUGUCCACUAUCAGCGUCGACAUGUUCCUGAAGAAGCUAUGCACCGAGGCGCAUGCGUCGAUGAAGAAAGUGCGGGUUUGUCGUUGGAAUUAGAAAUCGACGAGUCCAUCAAGAACCUGCUACGUCAAGGAAGCCUUGAUAAACUGGAUAAAAACUCCAAUAAAUACCUUGAUGUUACUUUUAUUCAGCAACCCACCUCACCGACUCCAGUCCAAGCUACAGUUUCACUUGGAAUGGAUGAGGUAUCUCAACUUAUUGAUAUGGUCCACGCGAAAAACAACAAACCAACCAAUAAAACUGAUAAAUUGAGUACUAAUCCCGUGAGCAGUGAAGUAUUGCAGAAUUAUUCAACAGAUUAUACCAGUGAUUAUUCAGAUGGUUUAUAUUCCAAAGGCAUUGUCCCACCAAAAAGCCAACAAAUUUAUACAACCCCACAGACUUUUAAUGAUAUAAGAUCGAAGCUACCAUGUAUGGUUCAUAGUCAGGCUGGUAAUGAAAAUUACGAUAAACCAACUCCUUGUUUGUGUCAACAUUGUGGUAUGGUGGGUGUUUUGGUAGAGUCCCAGAAAAGACCUGCGAUUCCACACAGUCCAAAUCCUAAAUUUGCGAAUACGAAUGGUGCGAAGAAUGCACCGCAGACGCAUUCAUCACGUGUUCCCAAGAAAGUUGUUGACUUGAGAGCGAAAUCCAAAAGUGAAACAAACCUGAUAUUAUUAAAGGAGCUUACUGCAAAGAUAACCUCACUUGAGGAUAGACUCAAUGAACACGAGGAGAAAACCGUGAAGAAAGACUACUUUAAAUUUGUCAUUCAUAAACUUCUCACACAGUACUCGAAUAAGAUUAAUGAACUUAGAACGACUGCUUAUUAUUCCAACAAGCAAAAUGUCAACAUGGCGACUCAAUAUUGUCGAAAAAGUGCUGAUAAAAGUGAUAGAAGUGAAAGAUCUGAAAAGGAACCUAGUCGUUUUUAUCCUGUUAAAGUACCCAAUGAAAAUCGAAUGAAUGUUAAGUCUUCAUCAGAAGAAGUAUCUUCAGAGAGGUAUUAUAAGAGACCAACGUAUAAGUCCAAAGUACCUAAACGUACAACUAAUACCUCCUUCACACGAAGUGACCAUCCUAAGGCAGGAACUCAUGUUAGCACCAAUGUGAAGACUAUGUUUAUGACGAAUGACCAAAACUCCAAUCGCUUACCGCAACCACAAGAGAAUCUAAGUGCGCAUGCGAUCAAAAACCUAUGCGGUAUUGUUUAUAAUAAAUACUGUGAUAUUGCAAAGCAAAACGAGGCAGGAAACCGAGAAAGGGUCGUGCCGGAGAAGUUGAAACCAGCUGGGCCAAGCACGGGUCAAAUGUCCAAGGCUCAGCCCGCUGGGCCCGCUCGAAAUAGAAAAGAAGCCCAGAGCACGAAACGCAUGAACGUCGCGUACGUCUCGCCGGCGCUCGAAACUUGGCACGACGAAUCGGAGCAGGAAUGCGUCGCUGCUAAAAAUAUCCGCGAGCAUGAGCAGAAACGCGAGCAGCAGCAGCUUCGUAAUAAUAGCGGACAUGCGUUCGAAGCUCGAAAUAAAACAAAGCAUUCCGUCGAAGAGAAAGUCAAGUAUUUGAAAUACUUGGCAAAGCGUAAAAACGUGGAUGAAUCGGAAUUGUGGUCAAAUAUAUUGAACCAAGCAAGGAAACAUAUCCGGUCUAACGAGGAUACUGUUUCCAUUCAAUUACCCAGUCUUCCUCAUGGACCGGAUAUGUCCGAGUUGGAGUUGACUCUAUCGAAACUAAAGGUGAUUGUGAAGACGUCUCGUCAACAACGGACGAAACAACCUGUAGAACUCGACUGUUGUUCUUCCAGUGAACGUUUGAAUCCGUUCUUUACCAUAGCUGAACGCAAACGGAAACCUUCCGCUCCUACGUCUUACUUUGUCGAAGAUGAACCACACCGGCAAUUUGUCGCGCGAUAAUACACUUUUCACAAUGUGUCUCUAUAAGUAAUUAAAAUUAUUUUUCAACGCC